CUUGCCAAAGCAAUUCGCACACUUGUUGACGAGGACGGAGUUGUAUCUCCUGUUUGCCUGCACAGAGGUCUGUUUAGUGUUGGUGCUUUGGACAACCUGGACCAUAAUCUCAGUUCACUACAUCACAAAGCUCUUUCCACGGUACUGGUAUUAGUAUGUUCCAAUUUCCAUCCCGAAACAAGCCGGUGAAUGUAGACCGCCAGUUACGCUUCCUCCUUCCGUGAAAGGAACGCAUGUUCAGCUCCCUGAAACCAACGCUACUGUUCAUGGCAAAGUUCUAACACUGUUGUCCCAGUGGUAAAGGUGGAGCAACAAAGGUCUGCCUGGAUAAAGCCCUAGAAGUGAAAAAUAAAUCGGUGCAGAUCUCCACGCGACUUCUGAAAAAAGACGAAAUACAGAAAGGAGACGUUAUUGCAUGGGCAGCUUAUCGCGCCUCUCAACAAAGACCGACACAUGGGCUUCCAGCUUUGUGUGCAAUGCUUCCUCUCUUCUACAUCUACAAUGAUUCAGCACGGUAUAGAUGUAAUGAAGCAAGCGACAAACUUACUUAACCCUUAACCCUGGUCAGAUUCCAGUCAUUACGUUUGAUCAGCUACUCCUCGCCCUGGCAAAGCUGACCCAAUGGCAGUUUCCAGCCACUCAUGGCGAAGGACAGUAUGUAGCCACGCUGGGAGGGUUGCACACAGAGAUGGACCUUUGGAACGUACUUGGAGAUUUACGGGAAGGCUCUGGGUGGACAUCAGCUCUAUCAGAAGCUGAAGUAUCUUCUGCCGGGACUGCAAAAUCGAUGUUGAACGCAGCACACCUCACCCGUACCAGACACGCCCACCAAGUCACACUGUUAACCUUGCAUAUCCUUCAACGUGAAGCUUUCUUAAGAUGUAAUGGCUCUGAACACAAAGAAACAGCUGAAGCCUGGAGAUUACAGAUGAUAGCUAAAAGUCCAACAUUUAUGGGAGCUUAUUUUGCGAUACGAAACUCUUAUUCUCAUCUUUGUCCGGGCUCACAGGGAGAAAACCGUUCCUUUGCAUGUGAACGUUUUGGAAGAACUAGCACUUUUGCU